AUGGGUCAAACGGUGUCCGCUGGGGGCUGCAAUGGAAACACGGCCUUAUGCUCGCGGCAGUACUCCAACGUCACCCAGAUAGGAGCGCACGACUCUGCUUUCGUGGGUAUUCUGCCGACCGACAACCAGGUGAAAUCGGUUGCCGACCAGCUGGAUGCAGGAGUCCGUUUUCUUCAAGCCCAGACACAUGAGAAUUCCGGGGAGCUGCAUCUCUGCCACACAAGCUGUCUCGAACUGAACGCAGGGCCUCUUACGGACUACUUAUCUACUAUCAAGACAUGGAUGGAUAAGAAUAAAAACGAAGUUGUUACUCUGCUGCUCACCAAUGGUGACCGGGUCAACGUGUCGACGUUCGGAAGCGCAAUGUCAAGUACCGGACUCGACAAGUAUGCCUAUGUACCGCCUAAAAAACUCUCGAUGGACGAAUGGCCAACCCUACAAGAACUGAUUGAUGAUGGGAAGAGGCUUGUCAUGUUCCUUGAUUACCUCGCAGAUACCUCUAAAGUCGAUUACAUCCUCGACGAGUUCAGCUACUUUUUCGAAACGGCUUACGACGUCACCAAUUUUACAUCCUGCGCUCUCGACCGUCCACCAGGAUCAAAGGGAGAUGGACUCAUGAUGAUUGUCAACCACUUCAAAGAUAUCGACAUCUUGGGUAUUGAUAUCCCGGACGUCAUGCAUGAUAUGAGCACCAAUGCCGCAACGGGAUCGGGAAGUAUUGGAGAACAGGCGGAUCUGUGCAUCAACACUUGGAAAAGAUCGCCAAAUUUCAUUUUAUUGGACAAUUUCAACAUUGGGGAUGCUUUCACAGCACAGAAUAACUUAAAUCACUUAAGUUGA